GCGCGUCGAGGAAGAAAACGAGUAUGCAAAGGAGGAGGAGGAAAGGAAGGAGGGAAGCCGCGACCGCCCCCGAAGCCUCGUGAGUCGGCCCGAGUCGUCGACGAGACGGACGUGGAGUGGAGACGCUGGUGUAAAGAUGAGCGCCGAACACCCUCCUCCGUACGCCCCGCCUCCGCCGGCCCAAGGCUUUCCGGGCACCGCGCCCUACCAGGCUCCGCCCUCCUCUUACUACUACCACAGCCCGCGGCCGCCGUCGACCCCGACCGGCUACGGCGGCCCCUUCUACGACAAGGCCUACGGGGGUCCGCCCAAACACACGGGUAGCUUCAACUUUGGCAGCGCUGAUAAAGUGUCAAAAAUUCGUUAGUCCUCCAUCUGUCAAAUCUAAGAAUUUGCCCUUUUUUCCCCUCCAAUUUCAAAUAAAAAGAUAAUAUUUUGUUUAAAAGCUUUGAAAAACAAAAAAGGGAGUGGCAUACAGUGCUGGCCAACAGUAUUGGCAC